ACAGAAACAGAAACGGAAAACAGAGGGAGUUGGAUUCGCUCGACGAAAAAGCUAUGUCCAUCUCUUUCUCUUUCUCUCUCCUCCAUUUCUCAAAAAUCUUUACUUUCAAACCCAGCAAUCACGAGAUACCCCUGAAGUCUCUGCUUUGAAUUCAUCUUUCUGCUGCUAAACGACCUAAUCUCUGGUGACACUAUUACAAAAGAAGCCGUGAAAAUUUGCUCCUCAUUUCAAGCCUUUUUCCAUGAAACACUGAAACCCCCACAAUCACUUUCUCUACUUUUUAUUCGUCUAUAUGCAACUCAUUGCGCUCCCAUGAAAUUCUCAUUGCUACCAUCUCUGUUUUCAACCACAUAAUAUGUGGAACGGAAACAUGUUGUUUGAUUCCCUGUCUCUCUUAUGUGUCUCAAAGGCUUGGAGGGUUCUCUUUGAUCUUUUCACUCUUUUGAGUAAUUCAUGAAAACCAUUCUCUCUUUUUCAUUCUUCCAGCAAACCCAUGUUUUUGAAUCAGUUCAUGCGGUUCCUAAAAUCAAUUCACACAUUCAGAAGGAAAAUACCUUUUGAUUGUUUGUUUUUACAGGAUAAAGUUUCCCAUACAGUUCCUUAAAUCCAUAUCACAUAAAGGGCUAAACAAGCUUGACUUCAAUGGGAACCUCAUGUUUCCAUGCAUUUCGCCUUCGAAAAUCGAAGAGCAAACAUUUGCCAGUCCCUUCCUCAUCAAAAACACAGUUGAAUUCUGAUAUGGAGAACAUGGAAAAGAAGAGAUUUGAUAGCUUCGAAUCAUGGUCAAUGAUUUUGGACUCUGAAAAUGUUGAGACUUGGGAAGUUUCAAAGGAGGAUCAAGAAGAGGAGUGGACUGCUGAUCUUUCUCAAUUGUUUAUAGGUAAUAAAUUUGCCUCUGGAGCUCACAGUAGAAUUUAUCGUGGAAUUUACAAGCAGAGAGCUGUUGCUGUGAAAAUGGUGAAGAUUCCAAACCAAAAGGAGGAGACUAGAGCCAAACUUGAGCAGCAGUUUAAGUCUGAAGUAGCUUUGCUAUCACGUCUCUUUCACCCCAAUAUAGUACAGUUUAUUGCUGCUUGUAAGAAGCCACCUGUCUACUGUAUCAUCACAGAAUACAUGUCACAAGGGACUUUGAGGAUGUACCUGAACAAGAAAGAGCCAUACUCACUUUCAACAGAAACGAUACUGAGGUUAGCUCUUGACAUAUCCCGAGGAAUGGAGUAUCUUCAUUCGCAAGGUGUGAUCCACAGAGACCUCAAAUCAAAUAAUCUGCUUCUAAAUGAUGAAAUGCGGGUUAAGGUGGCAGAUUUUGGUACAUCAUGCCUAGAAACGCAGUGCCAGGAAACGAAAGGAAACAUGGGGACUUACCGCUGGAUGGCACCAGAAAUGAUUAAAGAGAAACCCUAUACUAGGAAAGUUGAUGUGUAUAGCUUUGGGAUUGUAUUAUGGGAGCUUACAACUGCUUUGCUUCCCUUUCAAGGAAUGACCCCUGUGCAGGCUGCAUUUGCUGUGGCUGAAAAGAAUGAACGGCCUCCACUGCGAGAGAGUUGUCAACCAGCACUUGCACACCUUAUAAAGCGCUGCUGGGCAGCAAACCCUGCAAAGCGGCCAGACUUCUGUGACAUUGUUUCUGCCUUGGAAAAGUAUGACGAAUGUGUUAAGAAGGGCCUUCCAUUAACUUCCCACUCAGGACUGGUCAGCCGAAAUGCCAUUCUUGAACGGUUAAGGGGAUGUGUAUCUAUGAGCUCAUCUAUACCUGUACAUGCCUGACUCUAGUAGAAGUUAUUGCUAUUGGUCCUCCCUCUUUAACGUCAAGAUUAUUUCAUAAUAAUUUGUACAUACUUGAUGUUCUUUAAUUAUCCAAGGAUGAAGGGUGCUGGUAGCGCUCUAACAUGAGUUACAUGGAGUGAUUUAGGAUUUGAACCCACUAUUCUAUUGUUCCCUACUUCAUUAGCCAGUUUUUAGUUGUUUGAUUUUGAGUUUUCGCUAAGCAACUACUCUAUAGUGGAAAACAAUAUGAACAGAAACAGCUACAACGAUAGAGUAAGUUUGAUGUUGUCUUUGAUCAUAUGAUCAAUAGGAGCUAUCGAAUGUGGGUCUAGCUCGGGCAGCCAUGCCAAGACCAUCCCUGCGAUCAGCAAGGGUAGAGCCUUCUAUUCCUUUAGUAUAAAUGAAACUGUUGUUUACUAUGUUUACUGACCGAAGAAUAUUUUUUUUCUUUUUUUUCUUUCAAGAAUAUUCCCUUUUUAUUUUUGCAUUGUGGUUUUUAGAAUGUUGUUCCUGGAGAAGAAAUCACUGAUUUUGGCUGCUGCUUUGCUUCGAAUGGUCGAAGAUAAACAGAUACUCUGGGCCUAUGCCCGAUUUGUUUCUCUCCAGUGUCCACUGGUAAAUCCUCCGAAGGAGGUCCCACGGCAGGCCUAACUCCUUUUUUAAAGUAAGCAGGAGAGAGGAGAAGCCAAACCCACUUGCAAGCCGUUAGCUUAAGAAAUGUUACCUUUCAAGAACAAAGUUUUCAAAUUUCAGUUAUGGAUGAAAGAGAAACCCACUUUCAUGAUAAGAGGAAUCUUGACCCAAUAUACAUAUCUGUUCAGUCAACCUCAAUGAUUGAUCACGAUACUCUUCCUGACCCUGAAAUUGAAUCAUAAACAUGAAUCAUACACUCCAUUAGAGAUUGCACUUUCUAUAACAUUACAUUUUGUUGAACAAGUCUUUUCGUCAUUGUCUAAAUGUGUAAUGGUAAGUUAAUUGACAAUCAUGUCUUUAUUCUAAAG